AUGUAUCUCUCGGUGCUGCAACGAGGCUUUCGAGGGCUGCUCCCCGCCUCCAGACAAAUCUCGACAACACUGAGGGCCAGUCACGAAUCGACGCUGAAGACUGAACAAGAACCCACCGUUUCGGCGGAACCGGCCGAAUUCGACGACGGCCUCCUGGAGACCAACGUCAACCCGUACGCCAAGCCGCCUAGAAAAUGUCUGCUCUGCCGGACGGAGGUGGAGCUCGACUACAAAAAUGCUCGCUUGUUACAGCAAUUCGUCUCCAAUUUCUCCGGGCGUGUCUACGAUCAGCAUGUCACCGGCCUGUGCGAUCAACAGCAAGAGCGUCUCCUGAAAACGAUAGCGCUUUCUAGGAAGGCCGGCUACAUGCCCGUGCUCGUCAAGGACCCAAAAUAUUUGAAGGACCCAAAACUGUUCGACCCUCUGCGACCGCUUCGUCCGCACUCAUUUGCC